GUGGCAUCAAGAUCAGGAUCGCGGUCACACGUGGAGGGAGGCGGUCAGCUGUUACAGUCCUGAAAAUUACUUCUCCUUUUUGGUCCUUAGAGGCUCAACACGCGUCAGGAUGUGGCCCGAGGUGAAGCAGGCGCUGGAGGAGAGGCGCUACGAAUUAAUACUCACCGGACAGGACGUGAAUAAACUCAUAGAGGCCGCUGAGGGGAAGUUAGAAGAGGCUGUUUACGAUCUGUCACUUCUCAACCUCCUUCGCGUCACAAACUCCCCGCUGUCAUCCCUUUCCGAGGACGUGGCGCGCCUCAGUAAUCUCACCAACCUGAUCCUGCAGAAGAACAAGCUCACAAGCCUUCCUGACGGCGUGAGCAGCUUGGAAAAGUUAAAAUUCCUGGACGUAUCAAUUAACCACCUGACAAGCCUGCCUGUAAACAUCGGUAACUUGACCUCCCUCACCACGUUAAACAUCACAGGGAAUAACUUGACCUCCCUGCCAAGCUUAAAGGGGUGCGUCAAUCUUUCCGUGCUUGAGGUCAGCGAUAAUGAGCUGUCUGAGUUCCCGGACAUCUGCCACCCUGAUCUUGCUCACCUGGCCGAGGUUAGGUUAGCCAACAACCAGGUGUGUGAGGUGCCGGAUGCUGUGGCUGUGUUACCUGUGAUCAAGCUGCUGGACGUGGCGCACAAUAACAUCAAGACGGUGCCCGGGGAACUCUGUGAUUGUGUAAAGCUUAAAGAACUGAAUCUUAAGGGCAACCCCCUGAGUGACCGAAGAUUCAAGAAACUGGUGGAGGCUGACCGCUGUCUGCCUCGCCAGGUGCUGGACUACAUCCGCCAGCAUUGCGCAAGGUCUUCUGGCCAGGAUGGCAAGGGCAAGAAGGGCAAAGGGAAAAAGAAAUCAAAGGACGAUGAUGAGGUGGAUGUCCUUUGCAAGGAGUUUCAGGUUAUGGGGGUGGGGGAGGGUGAAGGGGUUCCAGAGGUCGUGGUGGCACCAGGGGUGAAGGAAAUCCGACCUUACUUGGUGUGUUGUCUCAUCCAUGAUCUGAACUUCAGUGGUGACCUGUUCAAGCGGUUCAUCACCCUUCAGACCAAACUCCAUGACGGGAUAUGUGAAAAGCGGAUGGUAGCCACAAUAGCCACUCAUGACUUGGCCAAGAUCAAGACACCACUCCUCUAUACUACCCAUGCUCCAAAGCAGAUGCAUGUUCAUCCUUUAGGCCGAGGCAAAAAGGUGUCGGCAUGGGACUUGUACAACUCUUUGCAGCGUGAAGCAGAGAUCCAGAGGAAGCAACAAAAGAGAAAUGUUGCUGGACUGCACAGAUUCCUGCACUUGGUAGAGUCUUGGGAACAGUGGCCAUGUUUGAAGGAUGCAGAGGGGACAGUCAUCUCCCUUCCUCCCAUCACAAACUCAGACAGCACAAAGAUAACCCAGAGCACCACCAGUGUCUUGUUAGAGGUGACCAGCAGCACCUCCUUGAGCAAAGCCAAGGAAGUGGCAGAUGCCCUCCUCCUGGCUAUCCUUCAGAAUGGCCUGUCCUCAAGGACCACUGAGGGAGGGGAGGCAGCAGUGAGUGUACAGCAGGUGAGAGUAGUGGAGGACGAUGGUAGCUUGAGGGUCCUUUACCCAUCUCACAUUGACUUGGCCUUCCAGCAGGAGAGGGUGAAGGUGGUGAGGCCAGUGAAGUAAUGAAGUAGCCUAAGUAGUGAUAAGGUUAAGCAUUUCUGUUGCUAAGGACUAAAGAAUGUACAAUAAUUUUUUAAUUAAUUAUUUUUUAAUUUUUCAUAACUUUUUGUAUGUUUUCAUUGCAUAUCUCAUCAGCAAAAUAAACUGUUCUGAAUCCCAGCUCAUUGCCGUUAGCUUCUCCAGGUGCCAGUAACUGAAUAUGCACUUGCAUAAUCAUAACUUAUUAUAUGUAUAGAAAAAAAUACUGGUCAUAUCUCCAGCACUAUGAUACAAUGUUCACCUACACUGAGGAUAUUAAAAAUAUAAGCUUUUAUGUGAAUAUAUACUUUACAAUAAAUGAUGUGAUUAAA